AUGAAAUUCCUUAUCGUUCUUGCUAUCAUCGCUUUGGCAUCACCCCUGUAUGCCCAAUCCGAAGAGAAGAGACUUGAAAAAAGAGGAAUCAUUCAUGGACUGAGCUCUGGAGGUUUGGGAGGUGGUUUAGGAGGUGGCUUAGGAGGUGGAUUAGGAGGUGGUCAUGGAGGUGGUCAUGGAGGACUUGGCGGUGGCUCUUCCUACAGCAUACCAGUAAUUCGUAUUUCUAGUGGACAUGGUGGUCUUGGCGGCGGUCUUGGCGGCGGUCUUGGCGGCGGUCUUGGCGGCGGUCUUGGCGGCUGA